UAGUUUCAUGUACACCCAAAUGCUUCAUAUGUGCCCUCAGUUCAGAAAACUAAGUUAAGACUUUGAGAUGACUAAAUUAAGCUCACUUUGUUAAUUAUAAAGAUCACUAUGUUUCACAGAUGUAACGGUUGGGUAUAAGUCCAACAGCAAUACUGUAAUGGAAAUGGAUGGAUACACUGAAGUAUGUGCUACUAGUACAUCUAAAGGAAUUGGUGAAACGUUCACUACAAAUGUGACAGUGGACAAAAUAGCAAACCUAACACAGCUAGUCAAGCUGAGUGCUGAUAGCCUGGAUUUCUCCGUAAACUCCACAAAUCCGACUCAGACAGAGUGCUUCAAUAUUUCAGUUGACUUUGGUGUGGAUGAUAUCUGCGAAUAUUUCAACUGUAGUGAAAUACGAGUCGAGUUAAACUUUGUAGUAUUGGAACAGAUGGCACGUGUACAUGUCAACAGACCAAGUCCUACUGUCACUAUUAACCUACCAAGCCGGUGUGAAAUGUUGUGUUUGUUAUCCGACGCUACGUCAACUGCUACGUCAACUGCUACGUCAACUGCUCCACAAACCAAUGACAAUGCGGGGACUAUUAUUGCAGCAGUAGUCUUCUCAAUAGUGUUGCUUAUAACUAUAGCAGCCAUUGUAGUGGUCAGUCUGCUUUAUUGCAGGAGAAACAGAAACAACAAGAGCCCUGAUCUCGAAGAUCAUAGUUACGGCGGCGGUCUCUCAGUUUCUGAUCACAGCUAUGUCUCUCUUGACGUGAGAAAGAGGUCUUAUCUGUCUGAGCAGCUGAAGCAGCAGUUGAAAGACCAGAGAAUGAUAUUUUCCAAGAGUGAACUUCAGCUUACCAGUAUAGUGGGUCAAGGGGAGUCGGGAAUGGUGUAUAAGGGGUAUCUGAGCACUGCAAUAGGGAAGGAGCUGGUUGCUGUUAAAACUGGAAAAGCACUAUUCUCCAGUAGUGAUAUGGAGAGACUUGCUAAAGAAGUGUCCACCAUGUUAUCAUUUAAACACACUAAUGUCAUGUCUCUGGUGGGAGUGUGCAUUGACGAGGAAAUACCCCUACUAAUUAUGCCGUUUAUGUCGAAUGGAUGUGUUUUGGAGUUUGUUAAACACCACAAAGACGAAUUGCUCUGUAUUAAUGCAACAGCACCACAGGUUAUAUCAGCCAAAAAGACUCUUUUGAACAUAUGUCACCAAAUUUCAAAGGGUAUGGAGUAUCUCGCAAUGCAGAAGUUUGUUCAUCGCGAUUUGGCAGCAAGAAACUGCAUGAUUGACCGUAAUGGAGAGAUAAAAGUUGCAGAUUUUGGACUAACUGAGGACAUGUAUGGCACCAACUACUUCCGUCGAAGAAAGAGUGUGACAGGGAGUGAGGAGAAGGUGCCCUUGAGGUGGAUGGCUGCUGAGAGCAUCGAG